UCUCAAGUUUGAAAGGACGUAGGGAUCCUUUCCACGACAGGCAGACACCCAGCGCAGAGAGCGAACAUGGCCUCGAAAGAAAAAUGCCCGCUCCGCACGGAUUUCUACCUCUUGCUGCUGGGCAUAUUUUCUUGUAUUCUCACCUGUUUCGGAUUUAAUCUAGACGUUCGGUUCCCAGUUAUAAAAGAGGGAAAGACGAAAGGUAGUUUCUUUGGGUUCUCCGUAGCGCUCCAUAACCAAACAGAAGGCUCUAAAAAAUAUCUGCUUCUGACCGGUGCCCCCAAGGAGAAAGCCCUACCACAGCUAAAGGUGAAUGAGACAGGCGCUGUCUAUUCCUGUCCGAUCACCACGGAAACCUCUGAUUGCACGAGGAUGGAUCUGGUGAGCUCAGCUACCCCGACAGAGAUGGUGGAAGGCAUGUGGCUUGGUGUUGCCAUAGCCAGUCAGAGCGCGGAGGCAGGGGGCCACGUGCUGGCCUGUGGUCACCGCUAUAUCAGCUUGCUAAAGGGAGCCUCGGACCAGUUCCGUAUGAUUGGCAAGUGCUACGUGCGGGGAAACGACUUGACUUUUAACCCCACCGACGAGUGGCAGUCCUACAGUUACGAGGGCUGCAACCCCAACUUUUACAUGGAGGAGGAGGGCUUGUGCAAUAUGGGCAUCUCAGCCGGCAUAACGAAAACGGACGUCUUCACUGGCUCUCCAGGCAGCUAUUUCUGGCAAGGCAACGUCCAUGUCACAUGGAGGGAUCCUACUCCUGGAAACUCCUGGGAUUACAUUAAUAGAAAUAUGGACAAAAUGGGCAAGCACUACAGCUACAUAGGUUAUUCUGUGCUGGAGGGGCAGAAGGUGCUCAGCAAGAAUAUCUACACAGUGGUGACGGGGGCCCCCCGCUACGAACACAAAGGCUCUGUCUUUCUGGUAUCGAGUGAUAAUAAUAAGCUCACUGUUAAACACGUCCUGCAUGGAGAGCAGGUGGGCUCCUACUUCGGAAACAGUAUCGCCGUCGCCGAUCUCAAUAACGACGAUUGGAAUGAUUUGAUCGUGGGGGCCCCGUUUUACUUUGACCGCAAGAAGGAGGAGGGUGGGGCGGUCUAUGUCUACAUGAACGAGAACGGCUCCUUCCAGGAGACGGCCAGCAUUUUGCUGUGUGGACCCGUGGGUUCAGGAUUCGGCAUGGCUGUCGGCGCCAUUGGGGACAUCAACCAGGACGGCUUUCCAGACUUCGCAGUGGGGGCCCCUUUCUAUGAUACUGGCAGGGUCUACAUCUGGAUGGGAAGUAAGCAGCUCAUCUCCCAGAAGCCCAGUCAGGUGAUCGCUGGAAGUGAUCUCACCAAUGGUGGCUUUCAGACCUUUGGAUACUCCAUCAGUGGCGGCAUGGACAUGGAUGGGAACAGCUACCCUGAUGUGUUGGUGGGCUCCCUUGAUGAGCGCGUCGCUUUGUUGAGGGCACGGCCGGUCAUCCACCUUAAUAAAACAUUCACGGUGAAUCCCUCCACCAUCAACACCACCAUGUGCUCCCCUGGUGAGCAGCCCUGUGUAACUGCACAGGUAUGUUUCUCAUACACUCUCAGCACUGGCAGUGAAACCUUCAAGAGAAACAUCACGGUGAAGUACACAGUGAUGGCAGACUGGGGGCGCCGCAGCAUCCGUGUGCGCUUCCUGGAGAACAAACAGGACAGCUACACUGGCUACCUCUCCAUGCCGGCCACCAAGUGUCAGGUCCUGAAACUCAGCCUGGUGGAGCACAUUCGGGAUAAGCUCGCUCCUGUUGUGUUCAUGCUCAACGUGAGCCUUCACGAACCGGUUCCCAGUGUCCACAAGAGUCUUCAAAACCUUGAUGCCUUCCCAGUGUUUAGCGACAAGCAGAGUCUCUCGGAGAAAGCCCAGAUUAAUUUCCAGAAAGCUUGCGGUACAGACGACAAAUGCACAAGCAACCUGCAGCUGACAGCAACGUUUGCCGACGAGCACCACCAGCCGUAUCCCAGCCAGGGGGGAGUACAGGUGAUGCAGUACAACACAACUGUGAAGAAGGUGAUCCUGAUGGUGAAUGUGAGCAAUAAGCCAAGCCUUGGGAAACUGGCUGAAGACGCCCACCAGGCCAUGUUAAACAUUACCGUCCCAUCAUCUCUGCGCUAUUCCGCCAUCCGUCUCACGUCCCAGGAUAUACCUCCCUCAGACAUCGAGUGCAAGUUUGAAGAGACGCUACUGUGUGAUUUGGGGAACCCUUUCGUUGGUGGCAAGAUGGUUUCCUUCCUGAUCAUCUUUGAGACGCUAAUCACUCUGUACACACGGGAGGUGGAGUCUCAGCUGCAGCUGUCCACGAUCAGUGAGCAGAGUGACCUCUCCCCGGUGCCCGUGACCCUGAAGGUGGAGUUCACGAUACAGACCACCUUUUUUGUAUCCCCUCCACAAGCCCAGACAUACUUCAGCGGGAAGGUGAUGGGCGAGUCAGCCAUGAAAUCCACAAGCGAUGUGGGAAGUCCUGUGGAGUACAGUUUCUCGGUGGCGAUGCAGGGCGAAGCUCUAGGGUCGAUGGGCACCAUCGAGGUGGAGAUCGCUUGGCCGUACGAGGUGGCUAAUGGCAAGUGGCUGCUGUACAUCUCAGAGAUCCUCAUCAAAGCGACUUCAGAGUCACGCUGCGUGCCUCCUGGAAACAUUGUCAACACGCUGAACCUCACAGUAUCUGAAAGAAAUAUGGCACGUCAGAAGCGAGAGGCAUCAACUACAGCACCCGUGAAGAUCGAACCACAAGCGGCCAUCUCUCAGCAAGCGCAUCGCCUGGAGAAUAUUUGGCUGGAUUGCAUGCAUGGCACAGCACGCUGUACGACCUUCAGCUGCCCACUCUAUAACAUGAGCACUACGGCCAUAGUCAUUGUGCGGGCGCGGGUGUGGAACAGCACCAUGCUGGAGGACUAUUCCAAAGCAUCACGGGUCACGGUGAAAGGCAGGGCAUCGCUGAAGCUGAUCACCAACAUCCCCACUCUCAGGAUGAACUCCGACGCCCUGGAGUUUUCCCUGGACAUCGACCCAGUGCUGAUGGAGGAACACGUGUACACAGCCCCGCUGUGGGUCAUCAUUUUGGCCGUGCUGGCCGGCGUUUUCUUGCUGGGCCUGAUUGUCCUCAUACUCUGGAAGUGUGGCUUCUUCAAGCGGGCGAGCAGGAGACAGAUGUAUGAGGCUAAGGCCCAGAAGGCCGAGAUGAAGAUCCAGCCCUCUGAGACUGAAAGGCUAACAGAUGAAUGCUGAUAGAGGGGUCCCAGGGGGCCACUGCCUACCAUCACUGGGGCUCCUUGAGCUGAGCAAUAACAAAGCCUGGAUGGAAACACAAUCGACGGACACAUUUAAAUGGAUUUCCGCUCGGCUGUAACCGUGCCGAAAUCCCUGCACUGGCUGAUACUCCGUUUCUCCUUUCCUCCCUCGGAAACAGCUAGGCUUCUUUAAAAGAGCCAGUUACUACAGGAUAAUGCCGAAAUAUCAUGGGGUGAAAAUUCCCAGAGAGGAGCGAUACCGGUCCAGCGACGCAUUUCUGAGGGAGGACCUACCAAAGAGAAGCUGGGUCACCAGCUGGACUGAAAUGCAGUGGUACUACUGCUGAUGGUCACGUGCCCCAGCUCUGCGACAUCUAAGGGGCUUUGAGGACAGAGACCCCGCCCAGGGCUGGAUGGGCACCGUGUGCUUUCUGGUACAUUACCAUUAUCCUGCUUUAUUUUUUUCAUUUCACUGAAUUACUAUUAUUUUUUUAUCUAGUGCAAUAAUGACAGCUCUUUGUUUUACACUGAGAUUACUUGGCAAAAUACUCUGAUUCAAUUUUUUUUGUCCCUUUUUUCUGCAAGAACGAUGGAGCGAUGCCGGUUGUAUAGCUUUUUUCCAAUGUUUGUUUUGUUUAAGAUGUAUUUUUUUUUAAUGCUUUUCUGCACAUAUGCCUUUUAUUUAAUUUGCAUCAGUACUUCUUAGGAUUUGCUGAAUCAAAUGCAUAUUGCAGUAGUAGGUGAUUUAUAAUUAUCUGGUGACUGAAUUUCAAACAACCGUAGGAGUUCUUUUGCAACAGUGGCACCAGGCUCUCAUCCCCAGCUGUGUGCAUGGACUGCCAGGCUUAUUGGUCUCUCUAAAUGGCCCACAGGGUGUGGAUGUGUG